GGAGCAGCUGUGACAACAACCCACCGACAGUCGUUGUUCGGAAAAGGUCUAUUUAUAACUGCACAUUAAUUCAAAUUCUAUCUGUGAAACUUUAAUACACAAAUGUAACGUUGUGUUUAGAAAACCCGCGCUUGCUGCCAACAUAUGAGCCCACUUGUGACUCUGGAUGGUGUCUGCCUAGUUGUUGUGAAGACGGAAGUGACAGGAGGACUUCCCUCUGGCCAGUUCUUCAGUCUUUUUGGAAACAGUUAAAGGAAUACACCGCCGCCUGUCAAGACACCAUCAUGUCAUCUGCGUACAGAAACAGAAUACAGGAAUUCAAAGAAACCUUGAGUGAAGAAAACAUCAACUUGAAGACACUGAGGGAGCUGUGCUUCAAUGGAAUCCCAUUUGAAGGAGGCAUACGAGCGCUUUGCUGGAAAAUCCUUCUUAAUUAUCUACCUUUCGAUCAGACAUUAUGGGAGUCUUUCCUCAAAAAGCAGAGGGAGGUGUACUCCCAGUUCCUAAGAGAAAUGAUCAUCCAGCCGGGUAUUGCAAAAGCCAACUUGGGCCUUUCCAGAGAAGAUGUGACUAUGGAGGACCAUCCUCUAAAUCCGAAUCCAGACAGCAGGUGGAAUAACUACUUCAAAGAUAAUGAGAUUCUGCUCCAAAUUGACAAGGAUGUGAGGCGGCUGUACCCAGACAUGGCCUUCUUCCAGCGUCCCACAGAAUACCCAUGCCAACUUAUCUUGGACCCUCAGAAUGAUUAUGAGACGCUGCGGCGACGAGUCGAACAAACCACACUGAAAGCACAAACUGUAAACCGCAACCGCAGUGGAGUUACCAAUGUCAGCUCCCCUGGAAAGGCGUUCCACCUGUAUCCAUCUAAUGAGUAUGAGGUGCUGCCCAAUGGGAGCGAAGCACACUGGGAGGUGGUGGAGCGGAUCCUCUUCAUCUAUGCCAAACUCAACCCUGGGAUUGCCUAUGUACAGGGCAUGAAUGAGAUUGUUGGGCCAAUCUACUACACUUUUGCCACGGACCCCAACAGCCAAUGGAAAGAGCACGCCGAAGCGGAUACGUUCUUCUGCUUCACCAACCUGAUGUCAGAGAACAGAGACAACUUCAUCAAGAGCCUUGAUGACUCUCAGUGUGGCAUCACCUACAAGAUGGAGAGUGUGUACUCCAUGCUGAAAGACAAAGACCUGGAGCUCUAUCUCAAGCUGGAAGAGCAAAACAUCAAACCACAGUAUUUCACAUUCCGCUGGCUGACCUUGUUGCUCUCUCAGGAGUUCCUCCUGCCUGACGUCAUCCGCAUCUGGGACACCCUGUUUUCUGACCUGGACAGAUUCCACUUCCUCCUCCUGGUCUGCUGCGCUAUGCUCAUACUCAUCCGAGAUAAGUUACUGGCCGGAGACUUCACGGUCAAUAUGAGAUUACUGCAGGAUUACCCAAUCUCAGAUGUCCACACCAUCCUGAUCAAGGCCAGAGACCUGCGGGACAACUCCUAACCUGUUCUCUCUUUACUCUGCCUUCUCUGCUCGUGUGUGGAAGGUGAGAGUUUAAACAUUACAAAACAUUGUCCUGUGACACAUGUAUCGUGGGAGGACUUGAUCAAUGAAGAGCUUGGGCAGAUAUGUUGGAACACCCAGCACACUGCUUUUUAUCUCGAUGUCUGACGAUUGGUCAGUGGGGACGACCGUGAAACCUUUGAGGACAUGUUGAGACUAUUCCCCUCUUGGUACGUGGUGGUCCCUCUCUCACAGCCAUCUCUCCCAUGGAGACUUGUUGAUGAUAGUGACUGCACUCAAUAUGUGUCACAUCAGUCCUACACUACAGAUCUUAGUCUGUCAUGAAAACGUACCAGAAAGGUUUAACAACGGAGACAAGAACGUAGUCAGAUGGAGCAAAUGUUUCAAUGGGUUGAACUAUAGUGCAUGUUUGUUCUGUUUGUUUUUUCAUUUUUCAAAGUUGAAGGUUUUUAAUCUAAGAGAAGUUGUCUGUAUGUGUUUAAUCCUGUGAAGCAGGAGAUGGUAUUUCUGGGUACAGUGUCUGUGUGCAUCAAGUGAGUCUGAAGUAAUGAGCCUGGCCUGUUACAUAUGUAAUAACAUAUGUAUUAGUCAUCUUCUGAAAACUCAUUAUUUCUUUAGCAUUGUUUCUCAACAUGUUGGAAAUGUAAUGUCAUGAAUUCUCUGUAGUGUCGUGUUACUCUGACAGAGCUAAAGACGAUUGAAAGAACAUCAGAGGAAAUUGUGCUGCCUUUCACACUGAACAUCAGUUGCUCUGUAGUAGCUUGAUUACAACACUUUUUACUAUUGUCUAUGGCGAGUCAUUGCCUGUGAUUGACCAUUGACUGUUUCCUAUAAUGCAUUGCAUAGCAAGUUAACUCCUAGUUGGAAGGCUGCUGGUUUCUGCUGUCACUAGCCGACAGUAAUUCUGCUGCGUAUUGUAUGAAAUUGACCAAUAAUAACACGUUUAUACCAAUACGUACGUCAUACCACUUUAACAAACAUGACAUGUCUUUAUAACCACAAGAAGCUGACUUUGAAUUUUGCCAUAAAAUGGUCUUGAAUUGACAAAACUUUGAGUUAAAUUGUAAUAAUGUGAUAAAAGAAACAGUGUGCUGAGGAUAUGUUUCAGUCAGUUUCAAAGAAAUUGAGAUUUGAUAGUUUGUUGGAGGAGAGAAGCAUUUAUUUCAUAAUUAUCUUGACCUAUGCUACAAUCACAGAUCCAACACAUCAAACGGAGGUUAAACCCUGAGCCACAUUGAACUGGACUGCAGGUUGUUGAUUAAAUACGCACCAGGUCCUGUCGUUGUGUCGACGCAGCUCACAUCAAUGAACCAGUGAUGGAUGACUGGACACAUCUGUGUCUGUCAUAAUGGCUCAUGUAUUGAGGGCUAACCUAUGGACUAACUAAUGGAAAGUUGGCUCAAGACAGUGGAAUGAAGCAGCGUGUGUCCUGGGACUAGGAAAGGUUCUAGGAUGCUUGCCUCAACAAAAUGUAUGUUGAGGACAAAUGUGUCUUAUUGCUUAUCUUGCUGUCUAGCCAGCAGCAUUUGAUGCAGCAGAGAAGAAAAUGGCGUAAGCUGUGUUAAGUGUUAAAGCCUCUCUACUUGAUGAUUAGCAUGAAACUCUAACUCUUUCCCUUUUUAUCUGAGGGCUUAUGCAGCUAAAGAGUUACAGCGGAGUGACAGCAAGCUGAGGUAGCACGACAGAACAACAUUGCAGUGUCAGCAGCUUCACACCAGACACCAACCUGCAGUUGAUACUAAAAGGUGAACUUUGAGUUACUAGCUCCUCCAGCGUUCAUGGUGCAGGGUGACCUUUGGUUCAGCAGGGACCUGGUCAGUGUGAACACCAGCACAGUUCUUUGAGGAUCACAUUGUGUGUUGUGCACAUACUAUGUGGCAGGCCGGUCAUGUCUUCACUAUAAUUCAGAUAUAAAUGUGUAUCUGUAAGAUGUUAAUAGGGUUCAUUGGUGGCAAGCGGACGAGACGUUCUCUCAGAAGCUGUUUAACAGCUCAAAAUAUGUUGAUGAUACUUUAGCAUACUCGUAUGAAGGAACUCUAUGCAGACCGAUGAUGUAAUGCUUCCCUGCGUUAAUAUGAACAAGCAUGAAACUCAUCUUAUAUGUUCUAAUAUGAGCCUUCAUAUACAUUGUAAUGUAUCCUUUUGAACCCUCUUCACAGAAUGGAUGGAGCACAACAACUCUUUCUGUUUAUGUCUGCUGUCAGAGAUCUUACUUCAGCAUUCUGAUCAGAACACACUAUUGAAAUGUACUCUAAUUUUGUUGAGAUGUGUGUGUGUGGAAGCUCUGUUUACUUUGAGCACAGUAUGGAACCAUACAAUGCUUUUAAAUGGUGUUGAUAAGCUGCUCAUUUAUUUGUGACCGAAGUGCACAUGAAGAAGCUAUUCUUCCAAAUUGUGUGAAGCUUUUGGAUUAAAGGCACGGAGAGCCAUGGUGAGUCCAGGGCUGAAACUCUACAAUAAAUCUAUAACUCUGUUUAAAAGGAUGACCUUUCUGAACCUGAAUGAUCCCUCGGUCUAAGCCUCAGUGGGACAGACAUCAUGUCUGGAAGACCAUUUGAAGAUUUGAAUGUGAUUAUAAAAUAAGUCACCAGCACGAAGAAGACGUGUUCCUGCUCCGUGCAGCGUCUCCUCUCACUAAACUUGUUCUUCAGCUAGAUAUCUAUAUCAGAAGAUUCAGUUCAGAUUGAAAGAGCAAACAUUCUAAGACCCCAAAACUCUUUUUUUAUUUCAAAGUAUAUUUUAUCAUGCGCAAAAGUGUUGGGUGAAUAUUCUUUGAGGGACUGUUACUAAUUAAUGGCAUCCACAUGCUCCCCUUUUUAAUUAGUAUUUAUUUCUGUGUGUGUGAGAGAGAUGUUCACUUUACUCUUUGUCUCAUGUCAGUUAAUUGCACAUUUUUGUAACGUCUCCUGUGAUAAGACUUGUAUAUAUGCUUUUACAUGUUUGCAGAUGUGCAUUAAAAUGGAUGGUAUCAAAAGUC